CUCUUCUUUUUGUUAAGAAACAUCAAGUCGGAAUUGUCUCUAUUACUUACUGAAUUUAUAAACAUCGAUUCUAAACUUAUAUCCAGUCUUACUGAAGAUGACAUCAAUUGCCGGUGGACAUGGCGAAACCAACCCAAAUAGCUCUUGGCUAAGUGCUCGCGGCUUUUGGCUUGCCUAUUUCCUUGGAUUACUCUUUGUGCAUUUGCUGCUAUUAUCAGUGCCCUUUGUUACCAUUUCGAUAGCAUGGACAACAACCAAUAUGCUGCACAACUUUGCGCAUCUGUAUUUUCUGCAUAUUAUCAAAGGUGCGCCGUGGAUGAGCAUUGAGAAUGAUGCUAAUCGACGCUGGACACAUUGGGAGCAAAUCGAUGAUGGCGUUCAAUUGACGCCAACACGCAAAUUCCUAACAGCAGUGCCAAUUGUGCUUUUUCUCUUGACUUGUUUGUACACACGCAACAACACGGAGCAUUUCAUAGCGAACUUUAUAUCAUUGGUUGUGGUGACUCUGCCAAAGCUGCCGCAGUUUCAUGGCGUUCGACUCUUUAAUAUUAACAAGUAUUGAAGAAAGGUGCUUCUGAAAGUUCAAUUAUUAUUAGUAUAUGCUUGUAAAUAUCUUUCUUCAAACAGGGAGGCUUCUCUUAUCGCAGCCUUUGUUUUGUAUAUAUACUUAUUUAAAGAUAGUGA